CCUACCAAUUAACAAUAAUGGUUAUUUACUCAUUUUAACAAAAAUACUAUAGUACAAACUAAUACUCUGUUUCUGUUUAGUUUUUUCUUCUUAAAUGGAAUUGCAUAAAACAAUUGCUCUGUUUUUUCUCUUGUGCUAUUUAAUUAGCACAACAGUCGUCGUUGCUAGCACAGGUUGCUUCACAUCUGCAUGUAGCAAAGAUGAACCAUUAAUCCGAUUCCCUUUUCGUCUCCGUAAUUAUCAAUCCCUAGAUUGUGGCUAUCCAGGAUUCAACUUAUUCUGCGAUGCAUUAAAUCGAACAAUUAUUCGAUUACCAGGUUCGCCAGGAGAAUUCACAAUCGAAGCUAUAAAUUAUUCUACACAGGAAUUAUGGCUUAACGAUCGUAACAAUUGCCUUCCUCAGCUUCUCCUCAACUUAAAUCUCUCUUCUUCCCCUUUUUUGGGAGUUUAUUAUCAGGAUUUCACAUUGUUCAAUUGCUCCUUUGAUCAUACGACGCUCAAGCUAAAUCCAAUAGGUUGUUUGAGUGGUUCGAAUUAUACUGUUUAUGCUACAUCUUCCAUGAGGGGAUUUGACUUGUUGUCAAAAUCAGAUUGUAAAUCGAUUGGAACUUUACCGGUUCCUGUACAGUGGCCUUUCUUCGAACAGGUGGUGUCCUCAGAUCUUAGUGGUGAUAUCCUGCUCACAUGGGAUAAUCCAGAUUGUAGAAUUUGUGCGUCAAGAGGUGGAAGAUGUAGUUUGAAGAGGACAGCGUUUAAUCGAGAAAUCAUUUGUGAAAAUAGUCGUGGAAUUGCAUUUCCUAGAGGCGCGCGCUACGCUAUAAUUGUGGGAGCUGGAGUACCAGCAAUGUUAUUCUUAAUUGGGCUUCUAUGUUUCAUAAGUGGAAGGAUAAGGUCUUGCAGGAGAAGAGCCCAACCAGUCCUCGAAUUCAGCUCUGCCGUUUCACCACAACCCAUCGUAUUUACGGGCCUAGAUGGGCCCACAAUAGAAUCUUAUCCGAAAACUAUAUUGGGAGAGAGCAGACGUUUGCCCAAGCCUGAUGAUAAUAUCUGCCCAAUUUGUUUGGCUGAAUAUCAGCCCAAAGAGACUUUAAGGACCAUUCCUGAAUGCCUACACUGUUUCCAUGCAGACUGCAUAGAUGAAUGGCUUCGAUUAAAUGCUUCUUGUCCAGUUUGCCGCAAUUCCCCUAUGUGUGUUCAUGGUACCGUAUAAUAUGACUUUUGAAAAUUUCGAUUCGAUAAUUUGAAAAUUAGGUGGGAUAUGGUUCAGUUUUGAUUUGUGCAGUACUGUAAUUAUGAUUUAUUCGAUUUCAACUUAAUGGAGAAUUAUGUGUUAGAGCUA